GAUGAAUCUCUCUACGGAUAUUUUGGAUGAUGGCUAGAGGUCCAAAUAUAUCUCUGUUUUCAUGAAUGGCUUGACUGGAGCCUCUAUUAUGUUAUAUAAGAACAGGAUGCCCAGGUUUGUAUGCUUCUACUUACUCCCAAUUUGUAUGGAUCAAGUCAAUUCUAUCUUCUGUUCAAGCAGCAAUUCUUUCCUGUCUAUCAAUCUUUCAUAUCUCAUACCAGACUCCAUAUCAAACAUUCCAUAACUUCUUAUCAUGGUCGAAUCCAUGGAGACUUCAGUUCUGAAGACUUCCACGACCACAAAUCAACAUUCUUCAAAUAUAGGUAAUUCGGACAUUGCCAUCAGUAUUCAGAAAAAGCAAUCCACAGACGCCGAAACACAAGAACUCAAAAUCGAAUUCAAACCCACAACCACUUUCAUCCUAGCUUUUUCCUCCAUAUGUCUCAUUACACUUGCCGCAGCCCUCGACGCUACAUCUCUUAGCAUCGCUCUUCCUAUCAUAACCUCCAAGCUUGGAGGAACAGCCAUCGAAGCUUUCUGGUCCGGAACGAGUUUCCUUCUCACAAGUGCAGUUUCUCAACCUGUUAUUGCGGGCUUAAGUCAUGUAUUCGGGAGAAAAGAAUUACUUCUCGGCUCGGCACUAACUUUUGGUAUUGGGUCGAUUUUUGCGGCUGUUGCGAAUAGUUUUACGUUGAUGUUUGUAGAUAUUUGGUAUCUUGAGUGUGUAUUUACUGAUGCGGUGAUAGGCUUGUAGGUAGAAGUAUUCAGGGAAUUGGAGGGGGAGGAAUUCUGUCUUUGGGCGAGAUUCUUAUUACGGAUUUGGUUCCGCUUACUGUGAGAGGUGCUUAUUUUGGUUAUAUGGGUAUGCCUUCGUCUUAUCAUUGCAAGAACAUCAACUAAUUAUAUACAAAGGUAGUAUUUGGGCCUUUGGAAGUGUUGGGGGUCCAUUGAUGGGCGGUGGCAAGUUUAUACUCAUAAUUUCGAGAGUGCAGCUAGUCUAAUGAACUACAGCUUUCGCGGAAGAUGUCUCUUGGAGAUGGAUCUUCUGGAUCAAUAUCCCCAUCAUCGUAUCAGGCGCAAUAGCUAUCAUUCUUUUCCUCAAAAUUAGACGUACGACAGGGAAUCUAGCUGCAAAAAUUAAGAGGUUUGAUUGGUUUGGCUCUGCCAUCUUUAUUUCUUCAACAAUUUCUUUUCUGAUUCCUAUUACAUGGGGUAUGAAUAUCCCCCGAGUUUCGUAUGGCAUUUUGUUAACUCAAAAGUAGGUGGUGUUAUGUACGCAUGGGAUUCUUGGCGAGUGCUUUUUCCUCUCUCGAUAGGAGUCGUAGGACUCGUGGGAUUCUCAUUCUAUGAAAAACGUCUCUCAGAUCGAGCAUUUAAUUCUGAAGGUGAACUCUUAUCGGCUGAUAAUGUAGAACCUAUCAUUCGCUUCAGCAUUUUCAGUACAUGGUCGACGAUCUUUAUAUAUUUUGAAACUAUGAUUCAUGGAAUGGUUCUUUGGUCUUUAUUGUACUAUCUUCCUUUAUACUAUGAAGCUGUUCAGGGGUACACACCGAUCAUUUCGGGUGUAGCAGUUUUACCCGAGACUAGUUUCGUCGCUGUAAGCUCCUCAUAUUAUACUUCAUAUGAUCAGGAUUCAACUGACAUGUAUAAGCCAAUGUCAGUAAUAGUCGGAAUACUAGUUGCCAAAACUGGUCGGUAUCGUUGGGCCCUCUGGACAGGCUGGGCUCUCGCAACCUUUGGAGCAGGUCUCCUCUAUCUCCUCAACCCCUCCACUUCUAUUGUCCAAUGGGUAUUUCUCAACGUCCCCAUUUCAAUCGGUACAGGUAUGUUAUUUCCCGCCAUGGCGCUAGGAAACCAAGCCGCUUCUCGCCCUCAAGACGCUGGUCACGCAGCUGCUUUCUUUGCUUUUGAUCGUGUAUUUGGGCAAGCUAUUGGUGUUGCUAUCGGGGGUGUCGUGUUCCAAAAUCGGAUUAGGGAGAAUCUUCUUUCUUAUCCGUUAUUGAAGGAUAUGGCUACGGAAUAUAGUAAAGAUGCUACGGCGUUGGUGAAAUUGAUCAAAGACAUGGAGGUGGGAUUGGAGAAAAGUCAGUUGAAGGAGGCGUAUGCUGAUUCGUUGAAGAUGGUUUGGAUGGUUAUGUGUGCGUUGUGUGGAGCGGCUUUCGUGUCGAGUCUUUUUGUGAAGGGGUAUUCGUUGGAGGUGGAACAUAAGACGUUGCAGGGUUUACAGGAGGAGAAGAGGAGUGAUGUGGAGUCUGCGAAGAACAAUUGAGGCUUGGGUAGUGGGUGAUGUAUUAUGAUUUGACGAGGGCUAGGGAUGAAUAGGCGUACCAAUUUUUUUCAUUUGAGAGCUUCUGUGUGAUAUCAGCGGAGUUGUAAAACCAUAUAGAAUAUGUCAGAGGCAUGCAAGGUUAAAUGAAUA